CCGCAGCUUCGGAAGCCAUGGCCACCUCAGCACAGCAGUCCUCUCAGGCCGGUAGUUCAGAUUCUGUCGGGUCAACGGUCGCACAAACCCAGAGUCAGUCCACUGGCGUAAUGGCGUGCCAGCCAUGACUCCCGAUGAGAUCGCCAUACAACAAGCAGCAUUGCAGGAGGCACAGCUACAAAAGGCGUUAGGAGAUAUAAAAGCGGAGAAAGAAAGGAUGAUAAGAAGAAGAGUCAGGAUGCAACGUAGACAAGCGGACGUUAGUGAGUUAGAGGAGAUGGACCUGACGAACGUGACUGAUGAUGUGAGACUCGUACGGUCUGUCCUGCUGAAUGUAGUUGAGAUGCAGGACCGUCAGACAACCAUCCUGCAAGACAUCCAGCAAAGUCUGGCCCUGUUGGUUGGGCGAACGCAGGCAACGUCGCCAAUGUCCGGGCCUGGUGCCUGGCCCGUUGCGCAUCCUCCUCCUUAUGUCCCACCGGUGACUGGGGUAUCCCCAUAUGUAGCUCCGUCAUCGGUUGCGAUCGUUUCCUUGGGCAUGCCGCUAUCAGGAGGGGUAUCAACAGGGACUAGUUUGCAGGUUCCUGUUCAGCCAGUGUUCACCCAAACUCCGUUGCAGGUUGCAGUCACCACGCAGCCUGCUGUCUCGCAGCCUGUGCAGCCGCAGGGCACACAGCCCCAGCAGCUGACACAGCAACCCGUGUCACAGGGUCCCCGGCCCGUAGUGAUGCAGGGACCGAGACAAACACAGUGGGUUCCAAGGACGGCCAUCGCCGCUCCCAAACCUUACACAGGGGACAAGAGGGGCGAAGACCUCGACACGUGGUUGAGGGCAGUGCCGGUCUAUGUCAGGUGUAAAAUUACCUUGCCGCACGAAGAAGUGCUUGUGGCUGCUUCCUACCUAGAGGGUAGUGCAGCAAGAUGGUUGAGUGGUUUAGUGCAGCUCCAGGGGUAUGGUCAUGACUUCCGCGCUUGGGCGGUCAAGAAGAAAUUGCAGGAGUUCCUGAAGAUGGUGGAGGACAGGUGGCACGAUCCUUAGGAGGCCCAAAGGGCCACUGAUGCGAUCCUAACACUGCACAUGCGGCAGUUCAAGUC